AGAGAGAGAGAGAGAGAGAGUUUCUAGAGAGAGAAAGUUAAGAUCUGUGUUUGUUGAGUUGAGGAAGAUGAAAUCGUGCGAGCUUUGCAAAUCUUUGGCUAGGAUCUAUUGUGAAUCUGACCAAGCUAGCUUAUGCUGGAGCUGCGACAGUAAGGUCCAUUCGGCGAACUUCCUUGUAGCAAGGCAUUCCAGGAGCCUUCUUUGUCGUGUGUGCCAGUCUCCGACGCCGUGGACUGCCUCUGGCGAGAAACUUGGGCCGUCGACUGUGUCGGUCUGUGACAAGUGUGUUGUUGACGGUACUUCUGAAGAAGACGAUGAUGACAGAGAAGAGAGCCAGGGAGGAAAUGAUGAUGAUGAUGAGUACGACGGAGAUGAGGACAGUGAAAAUGAGAUUGACUUGGAGGAUGAGGAGGAUGGAGAUGAUAAUCAGGUGGUACCGUUGUGUUGUACUCCGCCUCCGGCAGCGAGUUCCUCCAGCAGCGAAGAGUUUUCUAAUAGCAAUAGAGGUGUUUUGGUGAAGCGAAAGCGUGAAAAUGUAGCAGAUCUUUCCUCUGAGGAUGAUGUUGAUUGCUCAUCGGUGCAGAAACGCCAUCAUGAUGCGUCGGUGGCGGAGGCUACAGACGAAAUCGGAGAUAACGGAGCUGCAUUACAUCACUCAUUACCUUCGAGUUCGGAGGCGAUCGGCGAGAAACUCAAUAUCAUCCGUCACCGGGACAAGAUCCACGGCGAGAACAAGUCUGAAGCGGUUGUUGGCGUAAGUAAAGCAAUGAGAGCCGUCGGAUUGGACCUAAACUCAUCGGAUUCGUAGUAGUUGUAGGUAGAAACUACCCUGUCCUAAUUAACUUGAUCCUGUUGGCUAACAAUACCAGAAAUUAGUAUCGAUCAGAUGGACAUAACAUAACCAUGGUUUUAUUUGGGUUAUCAGUAGUGAUUGAUUGAACAGAUUUCUUAAUUAUGAAUUGUAUUUUUUUAUUUUUUAUUUG